AUGAGAUACUUCAUUCUGGAAAGCGCCGCCUACCAAAUCCUUCAUCGUCGGAUCGAAAGCUUUGUUCGGCCUUCACUAAAAUCUCGUGUUCGAGACUUAGUGACAAGGUGGUCAGUUCCAGGACAUAAGAUCUAUGGCGAUAUUGCUCGGUAUAACCUUCGGAACCUUGUCUCGGAGUUGCAGCACGUGAACCCACACAAGAUUCAAUUCGAAAAUGGUCGAAAUACUUGUCAAUUUUUCAGCUUCGUCGGCCACUAUCAGCAUAUGGUUGAGCGCUGGACUGGAGAGCCCUGGGAUUGGUGGCCACUGCCUCGUCGUCCAAGAGCACUGGCAGAAUCUGAGGCACGAUUACGGUGGAAAUGUGUGAGUAUUUAA